AGCACUUAAAAUUGGCUUAUUUUGGCAGAGAAAGCAGAGCAAUGAAGUGCAUAAUUCUAUUAAGUUUUUGCUGCCUGAUUUGGUUUGCUAGUGGAAUUCAAAUUGAUUGCGAAAAUGCAGAGGCAAUUAAUGAAGAGCAUAUACAUUAUUGCUGCAAGCAUCCUGAAGGACACAAUGACAUAAUAGAGGAGUGUGCGAAGGUGACCAACUUUAUGCUGGCCAGUAAAAACGAGGAGGCACUGGUGGACAUCACCGCAGACCGGGCUAUUCGAGGCACCUGUUUUGGUAAAUGCGUCUUCAGCAAACUGAAACUAAUGAAGGACAACGCCCUGGACAUGGAUGCAGUGAGGAAAUAUUUUACUGAAAAGUUCGCCGAUGAUCCUGAAUAUGUCAAGGAAAUGAUCAACGCUUUUGAUCACUGUCAUGGCAAAAGUGAGGAGAACACCUCCAUGUUCCUGUCGAAGCCGCUCUUCAAGCAAAUGUCCCAACACUUCUGCGAGCCCCAGUCUAGUGUAGUUUUGGCCUGUGUCAUCCGUCAGUUCUUCCACAACUGUCCGGCGGAUCGUUGGUCCAAGACCAAGGAGUGCGAGCACACCCUGGCCUUCAGCAAGAAGUGCCAGGACUCGCUGGCCACUUUGUAGAUGAUUCCUAUAUAAUGUGUUAAUCAAUAAAGAACGUGCUAAAAGAAACAAUAACUAAAAAACUAUUUAUGAUACUUACGACUUCUACUUGGUUUAAUAUUCUAUUUUUACUUUUUAAUAUUUUAUUAUACUAGAGAAUUAUUUUAUCCCUUACCCGAAAAAAAAAAUUGUCACGGAAAAUAAACCAUUGUUAUACGAAUUUUAAACUAUUGGG